AUGGGAGGGUCGCGCAACACCACAUCAACUGCCUACCAGUCCGCGUGGAGUAAUUGUGGUGAUUGGUGUGUUCGAGAGGAGACCAAUCCCAUGUCACCUCCUAUAGCGAAGGUACUAGAUUUUCUUUCGUCGCUGGUUAGUGCCGAAAAAAGCGUACAGAACGAUAAACGUCCAUCGCUCUAUGCUCUCGUCAACUUUAGAACCCUCAAAAAACGACCUCCUGAUUCCUCUUUUAGUACUGAACCGACUACUAGAAAAAAACCUCGAUUGGAUAGUCGCACAGUUACUUUAACGGUUGAACCUCAGGCGGACCCGUCUAACCGCGAGAUCUUCGACUAUGAACUAGAUGAAAGACAAGCUGAUUCAUCUUCUAGUAACAGAUUUGUCUUCAAAAAGCGUUACUACGAGAGUAAGUUUGGGCAGCCACUAACCGAUGAGGUACUAUCCCACAUCAUUCAGGAGUACGCCAAAGGACUAGGCUGGAUUUUGUCCUAUUACUUUCAGGGUGUCCCAUCUUGGAAUUGGUUUUAUCCAUAUGACUAUGCCCCGUUCGCUAUCAACUUAACUGAGGUUUCUGCAUUUGCUACUCAUUUUGAUUCUGGGACUCAGCCGGUAAUUCCGCAAUUGAUGAGUUUGUUACCUCCGUGGAGUUCAACGCUUGUUCCUUUGUCGUGGGGAAAUUUGAUGUCUGAUUCGAAUUCAACUAUUGCCAAGUUCUAUCCAUCAGUGUGCAAGGGAUCCGCCUUGCCGUUUCUCGACGAGGAUUUGAUGAAGGAUGCCGUUAAGGCUGUUUAUGACCAGUUGACCGAUGAAGAGAAAGAGAGAAAUCCAGUCGGAAGUGACAAAUUACUUGUUGGGCAAUACCAUAAGGGCUGCACCUUUUUGCGUCGUUUACUAGAUGGGGAUCAGACUCUUGCAUUGCAGCCCAAACAUUUUUCUGGCAUAUAUGCUAUAUGGAGAAGUAUCUGCUUCAAAGAAGUGUGUUCGACCUGAUACAAUGUUUGCAUCACCUUUGCAAGAGUGGGAAAACUGCAAUGUUCUAUGCUCAAAUUUCAGAAA